CUAUUAGUGUGGAUAUAAUAAGUACAGUGCUGUGUGUUCUAUGUGUUUGAUUAAAACUUUUUGCCAUGGAUUAUGAUUGCUAAUAAAUUUAACGAUAUCCAAUUAAAUCCAACGUUGCCGUGCAAGACAAUGAACAGAUUACAAAACGACAAUUUCAUAAAAAAAUCACCACCGGAAAAGGAACCUUUAAAAUUAAAAUUCGGCAUUGAUCAAUUACUAGCAAAAUCCGCUCGUUCGGAUAAUAUCAACAAUGAAAAUUCGCAUGCAGGAAUCACUAAACCCACUCCAACAAUUGCAGUUCCUUGUUCGGACUGCGUUUCGUCAAUUUAUAGAUGUUGUAAAAUCGGAUCUUCAGGUUGUUCGCAUAUUAGUGACAUUCCGGAGUAUUUAGCUGGACAUAUUUUUGGUACCAGCCCGUCUACGUUCACAAUACAGCCCAUUAGACCGUUUCCUACAAGACCAAGUAUUCGUUUACCCGAUACUCAUUCACCACCGAAUCCUUCGACAAAUCUUCCGACAUGCUCUUCCAGUCAAAAUAAACGGAAAAGAUCCUGGUCCAGAGCGGUGUUCAGCAAUCUACAGCGGAAAGGUCUCGAAAGAAGAUUUCAGCUGCAGAAAUACAUCACGAAACCUGAUAGGAGACAACUAGCAGCCACUCUUGGUCUUACAGAUGCGCAAGUCAAAGUUUGGUUCCAAAAUCGGCGGAUGAAAUGGCGGCAUACGAGAGAAGGACAAAUAGGGGAUAGUAACAUAGCUGAUUCUACUCAAGAAGAAUUACAUAUAGAUGUAGAUUCUCUUACAGACGAUGUAGACUGAUAAGAAAUAUAUAAUAAACUUUUUUAAUAUUG